CACCUGCACGGGCGGGGAAGAGGACCGGCGAGUGCGCGUUAGGCCGGGACGCCCGGGACGCGGCAUCCCGGCGGGUCCUGGUGCCCCCCUUCAAACUCGUCACGGCCCUCCUCCCGGACGGCUGCAGCCCAGCGGUUCCUUGGACAUCCCGCGCCCUCCUUCCAAGUCCCGUCUGCGUCCCAGGCGCCGCUGGCUCUCCACAUCCAAUCUAUCUACAACUGCCCUUCUCUUUUGCUACUGGAUCCGGGGGUCAGAUUUCCCAGCGGGGCCGCUGCCCCUGCUCGUACCAACACGACGACAGCACGAUACCCGGCCAACACGACGAAACCAGUACUGGCAUCCCCACCUCCCCAUUCCCUGGGAACGACGAGGCAGCGACCACCCUGCAUCCUCAGCCCCAGUUAGAGACCUCCCGACCUUCCCGGCAGCUCUGGUAGGUCCAGGGAACCAGCCUUCCACCCAAGCAAUCGGCCAGCUUUUCGUUUUAGGAAUAAAAUCAAGGUCCCUCUGCCCGGGGUCCUGAUCCUGCUGACAGGGGCAGGCCUGGUGGCCCGACUCACUCCACCCCAGCGCUUCAUCACUCACACUUAUUUAUGGAAGUAUUUUGUUGCUGGACAAGAAGUUAGUAAGGACUUGGAGAAUUUUGGCCUGAACGGGAAUACCUGCGUUAUGUUAUUUCCCAAAGCGUCAACUCAGUUUAAAUUAUUACUUCCACCUUUUAAGUUAUGAACAUUAAACAACGUAUGAAAGACCUAGAGGAGCAUAAAUUUUGCGAGAUUCUGGCCCCAAAUCCCUUCACCUCCCAGAGGAGUCUCGAGAUCCUCGUGCCCCUGCCACGGUCACUCCGAGACAACUGUACGCCGCCUCUGACGCUGCGGAGGCGCACGGGCACCCGAAGGCCUAGACCACGAAACGGUGCGGAGUUGGGGCUCAGUUCUCAGAGACCGGGGUUGCGUUUGGCCUCCCAGGCCUCAACAGCCCUAGAAAGGCGGACUGCGCAAUCGCAGUUGGGGGCGGGCGAGAAAAAGGCACUGUCAACUCGGGGCUUGCCCCACCCAAUCAGGAGGUGGAGGGGACCCAGGCACCUCGGGGUGUGAUGUUACCCAGUGUCUUCCCAAUGUCAGGGUUCAGUUUCCAAGGGAAUUCUCAAGUGGGAACUACGAGAUUCAUGCAACUGAUUAUCCCCUCUCCUCCAAAUACGAUUCUAAGGAAAAUCUCCUUGAACUUUUCCCAUGGGAGAGAGCAAGACGGUUUCCAGGUAAAAGCAGAAACUUCGGCCUGACAUCUUUCUAUACGUUCCCAGGCUUACCCGCCUCCCUUCCAGCAGCCCUACCCCCAUCUCCACCCAGAACUCCCGCCCAGAUUCCCUUGCAGGCCACCCGGGGAAGCGUUUAAUUCGGUCUCCACCUCCCACCGCUGCGGAGACGAAUGCAUUUUCCAUCCCUCGGGAGUCUGUUCGCUAAGCAACUGUGGGGCUCGGGGCGUUUGUAGAGGCUGGGAACUCCAGGCAACCUGUAGCUCCGGGCAUCUCAUGCCGCACUGGCUGGUUUACAAACCCGGGGGGAAAGGUCUGGGUUCUGGCGCAGCGGCCCAGGCAACACUGCACCCACGCCGUGCAAAAUGAGCGCACAGAGAGGAAUGGGGGGACGCGAGGCUUCCCGCCUCCUCGCCCCGGUGCCAGCUCCAGGAUGCGUGCGAAAUGGCUGGCGGCCCUGAGGAGCAGGGAGCAGCGGGGUUAAUGCGCCAUUCCAAAUCGAGGUGCCCGCCAGCAGGAAGCGACAGAGGCACCAGAUUUCCCUUCCGCAUUAAGAGGGUUUUUCCUUUUUUUCCUGCUUGGCCGACGGAGAGCUUUUUAAAUUGGACGUGGAGAUCCUCAAUUAUAAGUGUGGAGAAGUUGGCAAAAGAGGAAACAGUGGAAAAGUCCCCGCUUGGCCAGAGGAGGCUCCCGGCUCCCAUUCCCGCCCGCGGCCGGGUGCGGCGCAGGCCCGGAAAGCACGCUCCCACCUCCCCCGCGACAGGGAGGCGCAUUCUUCCCUCGGAGCAUCGCCGGGGCCGGCUCUACUCGGGGCGGCUCUUUAGUUCCCGGUAUCUGCUGGGCGAAGGAAGAGGCGGGGGGUUGGGGCCUCAGCACACACAGCGAUCUACUGGGACGCUUUUCUCAGAGCCCAUCUGGGCCCCCCAACUCAUCCCUCCUCCCCCCCCCCGCCCCUUCCCUGUUUGUCCCCUAACCGCUUUCUCAAAGCACAGCUGCGGGACGUGUUUCCGCCUGCAACCAGCCGCCUUUGCUAUGCGCGCGAAUUGCUUAACGCGCUGCCUGCCACGUGCGGUAACCACGCUUUCCUCCCGAAGUCGGCUCCACCAGGUGCCCCCGCACCCAUUUUUGUACCCCACAGGACGCCUCCCCUCUGCGCCCCGGACCAUCGCCGCCCGCAGGGAAAGGGCGCGUCGCGGGCGCCCGCACCGGUGGUCCCCAGGCCCGCGGCGGAAAGGGCGCCCUGGAGAGCCGCAGUGCCGGCAAAAGCCGCGGCUCACGGUGGGGCGCUUCUGGGUUCCCAGCACCAGGGGGCACCAGAAACCGUCCGAGUCCUGUAGUGCCCACGCGAAAGAGGCUGCGUCGUCUUUUAAAGUAUGAAACCGGUGAACAAGCACCUCCCUCCCUCAUUCCCCGUAAUACCAAAUUACUCCCGAAAAUUCCGGAUGUGUUCACCAGUGUUGCCUGCUCUUCAGGCUCCGACCCUUCAUCCUCUCCCCAGUUUUCCCCUUCCCACCUCACCUGAGCUGGUGUCUCAGUAACCUUUUAGAAUUCCCCCUCCCUCAAUUCCCCGCAUCCUCGUGAUAGCUUCCCCGGGGGCGAGUGCCUCCGCCGCCCGUGCCCCCGCGCCUUCCUCUGUCUGGCAGGCUGGGAGGUUUGGGCAUUGCCUUCAAGAUCCAGGGCUCCGGGAGAGAAAAGGGAGGCGGGGUGGUGGGGGGCGUGCUGUAACUCCGAGUUUUCUUUUUGGAGUAGGGACACAAGUUGCUGAAAGAUGUAUUGCUUUUCUUAAGUGU